AUGCCUUACAACACCUCAGCUAUUCCGCCUCGAAAGGACGUGACUGGCCAGACCCAACUACCAUUAUCCAGAGUCAAAAAGAUUAUAGCUCAAGACCAGGAUGUCGGCAUCUGUUCCAACAACGCAGCUUUCGCAAUCACAGUAGCAACGGAAUUGUUUAUACAACACCUUGCAACAAAGGCACUAGACCAGGCCAAGGCAGAACGCAAGCCCCGGAGAAAUAUCCAAUACAAAGACAUAGCAAGCGCAGUCCACGGCCACGACAACCUUGAGUUUCUUGAGGAUCUCGUGCCCAAGACGGUCAAGUUCAAGGACAUCAAAUCCACAGCUGCGGCGACACGGGCCACUCUACGCGGCGAGCGCUUAAGCGAUCAGGCAGAGGAUCAAGAGACACGGGCGCCGGCCCCCAAUGGCACCAAGAAGCACAAGAGCAGCGCCAGCCGCUCGAGUCUGAACGGCAGCGUCAACAUUGGUAGCAUACUCGGAAACGGCACUGACACCAAGUCGCAAGGACAGAGCGAUGGAGAUGACGGUUCUGCGGAUCCAAACGAUCAACUGCAGCUGGAGAUGAGGCAAGCCAGUGGCAAUGACGGAGAUGUAGAGAUGGCUGAUUAG